GUCCGCGCAAGAAGCUCUGUUAAAUGGACUAAUUUUCCGUCAACUUUUUGUCUACAAUAAAAAUUUUACUGUUUCAUUGUUCUUGUUCUACCUCGUUGAAAACUAUAUAUGAUUCAGAUAUAUUUUUGGGAUUUAUAUGUGUGUGUCGAAGGUGGCGAAUCCAAGAAAAAGUGUUGGUGAGAAUAGGGAUAAGGGAAAUGAUGAUUUAUUUGAUCAUGAUUUGGUGAUUAACAAUGCGUUGGACUCGAUGAUUUCGCCGCUGCUUUCUGGGUUUAGUAGAGAGAGAGAGAUGUCAGCUAUGGUGUCGGCUCUGGCCCACGUCGUGGCCGGAGACGUCGCCGGCGAAGGAGAAGCUGCGGCGGAGGGCGGCGGCGGAGGAGGCAGUGCAUGCAAGAGGGGCCGUGAUGAGCAGCUGCAGCCUUCUGAAUCUGUCACCAGAUUUUGCAGAGGAUAUACUGAUUUUGCCAUUGGAAGCUCUAAUUUAGGAGAAGCAGCGGGUACAAGCAUCAUAGCAUCAACGGCAGCGGCAGCAAUCUACAGCUACAGUGCGACAUUCUCACAAGAUCAUCAAAACGCAGCAGAUUCGUCGUCAAGAAUCAGCAGAAGAUACAGAGGCGUGCGGCAGCGGCCCUGGGGGAAAUGGGCGGCCGAGAUCCGCGACCCCUUCAAGGCCGCCCGCGUCUGGCUCGGCACCUUCGACACGGCGGAGGACGCCGCCCGGGCUUACGACGAGGCGGCGCUCCACUUCCGCGGCAGCAAGGCCAAGCUCAACUUCCCGGAAAACGUCAGGCUCAUCCACGCCUCGCCCUCCUCCUCCUCUUCGCCGCUCUCAUCAUCCUCGCCGCCGGCCAGAAUCGCAGCCGUGUCGACGGCGGCGGACGCCAUUGUCCACACCCGCCCUCAGUUUCAAGGGCAGAACGUGAGCCUUGGUGAUAUGCCAAUGCAAGGCGUCGGUGGAUAUUUUCCCGGUUUCACGCCUUAUUAUACGGCGGGUUUUUCCGGUGGAUUUGAGUCUUUUCCGGCGCCGGUGGCUCCUUAUAGUACGGUUUUUCCGGCUGCUCGGCCGCCCGGAGCCGAUGGAGCGGCGGAGGGCAGCCAGGGCAGCGGUGGUGGAGCUGAGUUUUCUUGGGAUUCCGGCAAUCAGACUUCGUCAAGUUGAUUUCAAGGAGAAUAUUUUUGGGAUUUUUCUUUUUUGGUUUUUAUUUUAGUAGGAGAAAAAAAAAAGAAGUUAUUUAACUGCAUGGUGGUAUGAAGCAUAAUUUCUUUGAUAA